AAAAUUUCAAGCAUAUUAAGUUGAGUUAGGGACUUAAUGAUGAAGAAACAUUAUUAAUGGACCUAAUUGUCAAUUUUUCAAACUUCAAAGGGGUUAAACUCUUAUUGGAUAAGGCCGGCUGACUCAUCUCUUUUUCCUUUUUCUUUUCUUUCCUUCUUUCUUCCAGCCAUUUUUCGCGUUUGCUCUGUUUUCUUCUCCCUGCUGCUGCCGAACAUCACCAGCAUUUCCAGCGUCCCCAUCUGCAAAAAUUGAAGUUUGCGUGAAGCUCCCCUGCCAUUUUCCCGCCAGCACUUCCUCAUCCCACCAGCUCCAGCUUUGCUUGUUGAGCAUUUUUGGUCCUUGAUUGCCCUGUGGUCUUAGCACUUGGAUUAGGCCUUCUGUUCUGCGUGACUAAGGUAGUGAGACCCGACGCACGGGAAGCCCGGGGGAGUGACGAGCUAGACGGCUAGGCACUUUUGGACUUAGUUUUUGUAGCUAGGCCACGAUGAUCCUCCUAUGCCACAAUUGGUGCAACCCUCGACUGUUUUAAAUGAUCAUGUUUCACUAGCAUCUCAAGGGGGAGAACAAGUGGCAAUUAGUGAGGUUAUGCAAUUGCCAUAUGUGGUAGAAGAAGAAUGUGUGGGUGAGGAUGAUGAUGAAGAGGAAGAGUUUGAUGGAACGGAAACAUCGGAAGAAGAACAGGAGCAACCCACUGUUACUCAGCCACCAUUGGACGAUGACCAGUACACUGGUGAUGAUGCAACAAUGGAGGAGGACAUUAAAGAGCAUAAUUUGGAGGCUGAGUUGGAUGCUGAGUUUGCUGUGCUUGAUCCUGAGUUAGAUGCUCAGCUGGAGGAGGAGCUAUCACGUGCUGUCCCGAAGACAAGACGUGGCAUGGAUAAAGGAGAUGACGCUCCUGCAGACCCAAGUCAAAGGAAGGUACUUAGCCUUAAUCGCCAAGGCACAUUCAACCAUAAGAGGUUUGGGAAGACUGCCACAGUAAUUUGGAAGUACUUGUAUGAUGAGCCAGUGCUUUUUUGGUCUAGUUGGCUUGAGGAAAAGAAGAGAGUUGCUUGGGAGAAUUUUCAGGCAUGGGUCAAGGACAAGAAGUUGCCCGAGUUCAUGCAUAAGGAUACCUUUAAAAUUUUGUUGGCAAAAUGGAGGAGUCCAAAAUAUAUUGCACUCCAGGAAAGAGGUCGGCAAAACCGAGCAAAGGGUGAUCGUGUGACCCAUACAACUGGAUGCCUUUCUAUUUGGAUCCACGAGAAUCGACUGGCAGCUAAAAGAGGAAGAGUUAGGCCGACACCUUUGGAGUCGUACUUGUUGACUCACAUGACUCGCCGACCUGAUGCUCCAGAAGAUGCCCCACCCACUUGGAUAUGUCCACAGGCUGAGCAAACAUAUAAUGAUGCUCACCAAAAAUAUGUGGAGAAGCAUGGGCCAAACAAGGAUUCAUGGCCAGAAUGGGAUCCACUUAUCUGGAAGGAGGUGGUUGGACCUCCUAAAAAGGGUCAGAUGAGAGGGAUGUCUACAUUACAGGACCCAGCAAAGCAUGGCAUCCCUUGGCGAUGGUAUGACAUGAGUGACGCCUUCUCUUCUACCACCAGGAUUCUUACAACACAAGUCUAGCUGUUGCAGUUUGAGCUUACUCAAGUUCGAGAAGAAAUGGCUGAGCAGGUUCAGAAAGAGGUGGUCGCAUGUAUUCAUACAGAGGUAUCACAGAGAGUAUCAGAGAUGGAGGCCAACUUUGAGAAGAGAUUCCAAGAGCACAUGUGCUUACUUAGCCAGCAAUAUUCUAUGAAUGCUACACAACCCCUGUAAUACCCCAAAAUUUCUAGAGCAUUAAAGUGAGUUAGGGACC